UUUUACACUUGUGUUGUCAUAGCACGCGUAUUUUUGUGCUAAUAUUUAAAGAGAAAUUGAUAGACAAUUUUUGUUGAAAAUAGUGCAACACACAAGCAACCAUGGCACAAUUUGAUUUAACGCGGAUUAAUUGCCAAUAUUUGGACCGGCAUCUCACUUUUCCAUUGCUAGAGUUUCUGUGUGGCAAGGAGAUCUAUAACCAGCAGGAGCUGCUAGAGUAUAUCUUGGAGACGGUCAACAAAACGAACAUGAUUGAUUAUACCAUGGAUACGCGUAAACGUCUCAAUCUCAGCCAGGAAAUGCCAGAAGAACUGGUGCAGCGCAAAGCCGAGGUGCUGGCUACACUCAAGCAGCUACAAAACGAAGUCGCUCCAAUCAUGAAGGCCACGGACAUAUUGAAGAACGGCGAAAGCAUGAAGGACUCGAAGACAUUCGUGAAUGCUCUGCAGAAGGACUAUAACUUCAAAGUGGAGCAUCUUGAAAGCGCCUACAAGUUAGCCAAGUAUCUGUAUGAGUGCGGCAACUAUCAAGAGUCCACCUCGUAUCUGUAUUUCUGUCUGAUCGUCAUGUCGCCCAACGAUAAAAACUACCUAAACGUACUGUGGGGCAAGUUGGCUGCCGAGAUUUUGACUCUGAACUGGAAUACUGCGUUGGAGGAUUUGACUCGUCUACGCGAUUACAUUGAUAGUGCAAAUUUUUCGACCAUACAGGCGCUGCAGCAACGCACCUGGUUGAUACACUGGUCCGUUUUGGUGUUCUUCAACCAUCCCAAAGGACGCGAUCUUAUCAUUGAGAUGUUCCUGUACAAACCUUUGUAUCUGAACGCCAUACAGACCAUGUGCCCACACAUUAUGCGCUACUUGGCCACCGCUGUAGUUAUCAAUCGGACACGUCGCAAUGCGCUCAAGGACCUCAUCAAAGUUAUUCAGCAGGAAUCUUACACAUAUCGCGAUCCCAUAACUGAGUUCCUCGAAUGCCUCUAUGUGAACUUUGACUUUGAGGGCGCGCGUCUUAAGUUGCACGAAUGCCAAACCGUCAUUUUAAAUGAUUUCUUUAUUGUGGCAUGCCUGAAUGAGUUCGUUGAGGACGCGCGUCUUAUGAUCUUCGAGACAUUCUGCCGCAUCCAUCAGUGCAUCACCAUAAGCAUGUUGGCCGACAAGCUGAACAUGAAGCCCAACGAGGCUGAGUGCUGGAUUGUCAAUCUAAUACGCAAUGCUCGGCUCAACGCAAAGAUCGAUUCAAAGCUUGGCCACGUCGUGAUGGGCACGCAACCAUUGAGUCCUUAUCAGCAGUUGGUGGAAAAAAUUGACUCAUUGUCUAUGCGUUCCGAACAUUUGGCCGGUCUAAUCGAGCGUAAGAGCAAACAGAAAAAUCAAGAAUCCAUCGACUCCUGGAAGUACUACUAAAUCUGAAGCUGCUACGUGUUAAAUUAAAUUUGGGUAGAAAAAACUAAGCUAACAUUUUUUGUACCAAGUUGCAGGCAAUGUCUGCACGUAUUCAAACUGUAAAGAAUUCAGCCGUGGUGCGAAUAAAACAACAUCUUUAUUCGCAUCUUAAAACUCCAA